UUUGUUCCCUAUCUACCAUAUUAUCUAAUUGGUUUAAUUUUCUUACAAACGGCUUUUGGUUUGAUUGAAUUAUCGCACCCAGAUAACUCCAUACCAGUGAACCGGUUUGUAACUCCGCUUCAUAUCGUACCUGAAUGGUACUUUUUAGCAUAUUAUGCGGUGUUAAAAGUAAUCCCAUCCAAAACCGGUGGUUUGUUAGUAUUUAUGUUAUCAACAUGUCAAUGA